AUGCGGGAGGAUGCUAUGUACGGGUCAUGGCUCUACAUAGCAAUCGCAAACUUUGCCCUGAUCGCUGUUGCAUUGGUUUGGGGCUUGACCGCCCAGCUGAGCCCAAAGAUCAAGACGUUUGAAGACAAGCGUGCUGACAUUUUUGAAGAGUACACUCAUCGACAGUUCAAAACGCUUAUUGGCUUUAAUGAAGGCAAGCGAGAUCCACGAAGGUCGGCCCUCAGAGAUACAUUCUUGAAGCCCUUCAACUCACAGGAUGCGUUCUUCUUCCCGUCAGCGUUCUUGAUUGCCAGCUUCUUGUCGUUUUUGAGCUUCAUCUAUGUGCUGAUGCAGUCCAUCCAAGUUCUGAACAACACCGAAAAGCUCUUGCAACAGAUCCUGAACACGGCCGUGGAUCGAUCCGUGCUUUUUGUCAGCAGCAUCAACAACGCCUAUUUCCAAGCUUUAGGAGCUGAUUUGCCCGACAGCCACUUGGACUUGCAACUCUCCCACUACACCUCACGACGUCUCGACAAGGUUGCAGUACAACAAGUUGACGGCAACGAUCAUGGAGGAGCACUUCGAGAUGAUGGUCAUGGCAGUGCUAACUGUGACCUCGCCAUGACAGACCAGGACAUCCAGGUGAUCACAGAAAUGGAGCUGGGCUACAACGCGCGCAGGGUAUUUGGAGCUGUGUUAUUUAGGGUGAUUAGCAUGGAGAUGGGCGCUUUGGGCAUGAGAGCUCAAGAGCUUAUGGAGAAAGACUUCUUCGAGACGCCGAGAUGCACAAGGCCGGAUGAACCCUGUGAAGAGCAAGGUCUCAACGACCAUGAACUGCUUGGUGGCCAACGGGCAGCUGGCCAAGCUGAAGGAGAUCUUUGUGGUGCCCGAUGUGAAGCAACCAAAGAAAGGAUUGAUAAUUCAGAACUGCAACGGCCAGUUUUACCAGAGGGCUUUUCCGUACCUCUGGAGUCUUGGAGUGGCAACGCAACACUGGUGCUGAACUUCGCAUUGGAGAAGGAGAAAGUGAGCUUUGUGAUGAAGGAGCUCAAGCAGAUGUUUGAAAGGAGAAUGGAGCGCGGAGAGCGCCCCGCUUUGCUUACCGCAUAUGCGUCGGGAGAUGAGAGCGCGGAAGAACUCACUGAAGCAGAAGAGGACGUGUGGAUAGAAGAGGGCCCAGAGACGCAGAAGAUACAAUGCCUGGAGAAAAGUUCUUCCGACUUCAUGUACGUUCAGAUCCAGGUCAUGAAGGAUUGGUUCCAGAAGCUGAUCACUUCCAUCGUCAUAGGCUUCACGACUGGCAUUGUUGUGGCUGCUAUUCUGACGGUGGCAGGGCUUUUGGGUGGGUUUGUGCACUUCCGGCAAUCUGUAAUGGACGCGAGACGUGGAAAGUUCAACUUCAAAAAGUCAGAUGCCAAACUAGUUUUUGCCACCGCCUUCAUCGGCAUCAACAUUUCUUCAUCCAUCGUCUCAUUUAUUCUGAUUGUGGGUUUGGUGACAUUGGUGACGUUGCCUUUCACCUUCGAACUUACUUGGCGCGUGAUUUGGUCAUAUGCGGGGACGAUUCUAUUGACCUUCGUUUUGCCGGCAGUCAUCAAAUUUCUUAGCACCAAGAUCUUGAAGGGCUGCAUCUUUGGACCCACCUUCAUCAAGACGCGCGCAGGAGCCUCAAUCUUUCACUUCUACACAACCUUCCUUGCUCUCCCAGGAGGUGUAGUCACUGCCAUCGUCAGAUUUGUCAUGGGCUUGCUGAGCGUCCUGGUGAUGCUGCCUAUCACCUAUGGGGCCAACACGCCAAAUAUGGUCAACAGUGUCAUGCUUCUGGAUUCGUUACUCGCCUCAGAUUUUUUCCAAAAAGUCGGGCUCUAUGCAACCCACAACAACCCGAUCAUGAUUACAGCCGCUCGCCGGCUUCUUGCGAUCAAAGAAGCACGUGAGAAGCACCGGGAGGAGAAGAAGCACUGGACAUCCAGCCGCAGCUUGUUGAUUCUAAUCUUGAUCCGAAACUUGGCCCGCAUACACUGGAAUGUACUGGACAUAUGUCAGCUUACAAAGUUUUGGACACGCUUCUUGUACAGGACUCUUGGAUAG